GGCCCUCCUCCAGCGCUGCCUGAGCCGGCGUUUGAUUGGAUUAGAGUCGGGUAGCCUUUGCCCUCUCACCCCGCUGAUGUUGGCUCGGUGCUUCCUGCUCCCUCCGCUCCCCCUGACCGACUGACGACGCUCUCCGUAAGCCGCACGGCGAAGCGCCCCGCACGGACACAGCCCGACCGGGACGAGCCGCGUCGAGAGCACCGAGCACCGAACACACACACACACACACACACACACACACACACGGGCCGGCGGAGGAGGACGAAGCGAGGCAGCCAUGCGGAGGAAAUCGAGGAUAAUGUUAUGCUUUGCGGUGCUGUGGGUGCUGGGGAUAGCCUACUACUUCUACUCGGGGACAGCGUUGAGCAGAAAGGAUGAUUGGGGCUCCAGCGACUCGUCCAGUAGGAGCAAAGCUCACUUGUCUGACGACAAGACUCACGGCCUGGAGACUCUGGCGCCAGGUAAGGUGCGCUGGCAGGACUUUGACCAGGAUCUGUAUGUUGGAGCCACAGUGGUCCGACCGGGUCAGGAUCCGUAUGCCAGGAACAAGUUCAACCAGGUGGAAAGUGACAAACUCCGUAUGGACAGAGCCGUGCCCGAUACGAGACAUGACCAUUGCAGACACAAACAAUGGAAGUCAGACCUGCCGGCCUCCAGCGUCGUCAUCACCUUCCACAAUGAAGCUCGCUCUGCUCUGCUGCGGACUGUGGUCAGUGUCCUGAAGAAAAGUCCUGCACACUUGGUCAAAGAGAUCAUUCUGGUUGACGACUACAGUGAUAGCCCCGAGGAUGGAGCGCUGCUGGGGAAGAUUGAAAAAGUGCGUGUGUUGAGAAACGACCGCAGAGAAGGACUGAUGCGUUCAAGGGUUCGUGGUGCAGACGCCGCCACGGCACCCGUCCUCACCUUCUUGGACUCUCACUGUGAAUGCAACGACCACUGGCUGGAACCGCUACUGGAGAGAGUGGCUGAGGACAAGACCAGAGUAGUGUCUCCUAUCAUUGACGUCAUCAACAUGGACAACUUCCAGUACGUAGGAGCCUCGGCCGAUCUGAAAGGAGGUUUUGACUGGAAUUUGGUGUUUAAAUGGGACUACAUGACUCUGGAUCAGAGACGAGCCAGACAAGGCAACCCCAUCGCCCCCAUUAAGACUCCAAUGAUAGCAGGGGGUCUAUUUGUCAUGGAUAAGGAUUAUUUUGAGCUGCUGGGGAAGUACGACAUGAUGAUGGACGUAUGGGGAGGAGAAAACCUUGAAAUCUCAUUUCGCGUGUGGCAGUGUGGUGGCAGCCUGGAGAUCAUCCCCUGUAGCAGAGUUGGCCAUGUUUUCAGAAAGCAGCAUCCAUACACCUUCCCUGGGGGCAGCGGGACUGUGUUUGCUAGAAACACGAGGAGAGCAGCAGAGGUGUGGAUGGAUGAGUUCAAAAACUUCUACUAUGCUGCCGUCCCCUCAGCGAGAAACGUCCCCUACGGAAAUAUCCAGAGUCGUUUGGAGAUGAAGAAGAGAUUAGAAUGCAAGCCAUUCAAAUGGUACCUGGAGAACGUCUACCCUGAACUACGUGUCCCAGACCACCAGGACAUAGCGUUUGGAGCGUUGCAGCAAGGAGGAAACUGUCUGGACACCCUGGGUCAUUUUGCCGACGGCGUGGUGGGUGUCUACGAAUGCCACAACGCCGGGGGAAACCAGGUAGCGUUACGACAACACACACAGGAGUGGGCCCUGACCAAGGAUAAGUCAGUCAAACACAUGGACUUGUGUCUGACGGUGGUCGACCGAACGUCCGCCUCCCUCAUCAAACUACAAGGCUGUCGAGAGAACGACAGCAGACAGAAAUGGGAGCAGAUUGAGUCCAACUCGAAGCUUCGUCACGUGGGCAGUAACCUCUGUCUGGACAGCCGCAGUGCCAGGAUGGGCGGACUCACUGUGGAGGUCUGCAGCCCGAGCCUCAACCAGCAGUGGAAGUUCACCCUGAAUUUACAAUCAUAGGGGACGCUACCAACCCUGGAAGAGCUGGAUAAUGGACAGAGACACCAACAGACUCUGAGACGCGGAUAAAGAGAUGCAAACAGACUUGAGGAGAAAGACAAACUUGAUGGAUAAAUGGAUCCCUCUCGCUCCUCCUCCUCCUCCUCCUCCUCCUCCUCCUCCUCCUCCUCCUCAGAGGUGCAGCCAGUCAUGUCUAUACACCUCUCCCCCACCCUCACCCCUCCCAAGAUUACAAAGAGCCACACCCACUGGGGGAGGGGCUUGUAGACCCAAAUGGAGUAAACAGGAAACUGACUGUAUUUGGUGGAUGGAUGGUGACAGUGAUGACCAGGAUAAAAAACGAUGAAGAGGCUUUCCAUCCAAACUACAUACCUCAGUGUUUUUUCAUUGAUGGUUCCGGAGGCUAAUUUUGUUCUUUAACUUUCUUUAAUGCUGGUGAGGUAGAACUCUUUUUACUUUGUAAUUAUUUUAUUUUAUUAUUAAUAUUUUUUAUUUCUUGCUGUUAACUCUUGAUGGAGGUUUUGCAGGAGGUUUUUUUCAUCCUUGAAAGAAUGUGACGUUGGUGUUGUUGCUCCUCUCCGGUGCUCUCUCUCUCUUUGUGUCACCACACCGAACUAGAGCUCGGGGCCUAAACUACAGCCUGUAACGGCAUGUGGAAGUUUCAGGUUCUGGUUUCGGUGAUGUUGUGGUGUAGAGGAUGUGAAGGGAGGAAAUGGACUUGAAUCCUUGAGCUGCUCCUCUUGUUUACUGUCAUCUGUUCACAGGAACACCAGAGAAAAGAGGGGCAAAGUGGAGAGAAGAAUGCUGUGAUUUCUGCUUUGAUUUCUACACAGUUUUCCUACAGAUUGUGUCUUGGGGAGGGGGAGGGGGUCCAGGGAGGAGCUUCUCCGCUUUGGAUGGGGCCUGACAAGGGUUUGGUUUGGCCGGCCAGGAAGUGUCUUGAAGCCACCCCUCAGGAUUAACCGUUUGUCGUCCGACUGUAGCACUGGCUGCCACAGCAUCUUCACUUCUACACCAUUAUGUCUCUAAAGAAACAAUACACAGAAAAAAAUCUCUUAAUCGUCUUUUUUUGUUUUGUUUACCUUUGUCAAAAAGAAAUGGAACCAAAUUUCAAAUGGAUGUUUUUGUGUUUCAGGAAUACCAUAUGAGUGAUUAAAAAGAGUUCUUUCUUUA